AUAAUUUCCAUAUUUGCGUCUUUCACACGAAUCUCGUGCCUUCAUUCCUUAUUUUCCGUGAUGAUAUCAUGACUCCAUAGCCCUGCAGCUUGGGUUUUAGAAAGAUUGAGCCAUCGAGUUACAGAGCGGGGGAGUAGGCUAUCCAGUCUCCCAGCUGCAUGCUCUCUAAUAACCAAAGCCGCGGAGAAGAGAGGAGAGGGAGAGGGAGGGGGACUCAAUAGGGAGGCAAUGAAACGGACUCAUCCGCGUAACUAGACACUACCAGUCCAGUUCAGUGUUCAGAGCAUGCGAGAGCGUAGCUCGACCAACCGCAUUCAGUUAUAUCUACAAAGGAAUAGAGAGGGAGAAAAUUGAAGUGUUCCAGCCUAGGGAGUCGGCGAGGAAAGGAGCAAGACAUAGGCUACUGGCGGCUUUCGAGCGUCACGGGCAUAUACACCCCGUGUCCAGAAUUUACGGCCAUUCUUGGCAUCAGCCUGUUGUACAAAAUUGCGGAUUUAUAACUGAGUGAAUUCGGGGAUAGUCAUCGACAGUCCUAUCCUUCACAAUGAAGAAAAACAAUUCAGCUAAACGGGGCCCGCAGGACACAAACCAGCACAACACGCAGCCAGACAAAAUCGGUUGGAUUCGCAAGUUCUGUGGCAAAGGGAUAUUUAGGGAGAUCUGGAAAAAUCGUUUUGUAAUACUCAAAGGGGACCAACUUUACAUCUCAGAGAAAGAGGUGAAGGAUGAGAAGAAGAUCCAGGAGGUGGUUGACCUGACGGAUUACGAGCGUUCUGAGGAGCUCCGCAAGGCCAAGAGCCGCAGCAAGAAGAACCACAGCAAGUUCACCCUGCUGCGCUCCAGAACCCCAGGCAACACGGUUCCUAACCUGGUGUUCCUGGCUGUUAGUCCAGAGGAGAAGGAGUCCUGGAUAAACGCCUUAAAUGGAGCAAUCACCAGAUCCAAGAACAGCAUCCUGGAUGAGGUCAUGGUUGAGGAUGAAAACCUUCUGUCCCAUCUCACACGGGACAGGGCUAAGAUCCCUCACACACGGCGCCUGCCUACACGAGGACACAUCAUGGCUGUGGCCUCCACUUCUACCUCUGACGGCAUGUUGACCCUUGACCUGAUCCAGGAGGAGGACAGCCCCAGCACAGACGGCCAGGACACCUGUGACAAGAGCUUCCGGGCCAACCUGGACAAAUCCACUCAGCUCGACUGCCUCAGGUCCAAAACAGAGGGUGCCAUCAGUAGCAUCUGUCUAACGCCUCCCACAGAGGUCACUGGGAAGUCCCAGAGCCUGCCGCGUGAUACCGGGGUCACCUGGGACGAUAAACAGCAACUUCAGAGCCCGAUGGGGAAGUCCUGCACUCCUCAGCCAGGCAAGAGGCUCACACCGGCCGAGAAAAGCCGCUGCGCCUCCAUGGACGAGAUCCUCUCACACUCCGGGACGCAGGCCACCAAACCCAGGACAUCCAUCCCCCGCUCUGCCACCUCUGCCCCCCCAGGCAACCUGCCACCCAUCAGCCAGCUGCAGGACCUAAUCGCUCAGAAGCUGGAGCGAACUCAGGAGCUGCUGAUGCAGGUGCAGGGGGCGAAGGGGGAGGAGGUGGAGCGGGGGAAGGGGAAAGGGAAGGACUCGCCAGGUUCCAAGGGCUCCAAGGGUUCCUCGGACGGGGCCCGGGCGGAGGCAGAGAGGCUGCUGAAGGAGGCAGCGUCCACAUGGGGCCAGGCCAAGGAUGUUCUAGAGGAGGUGAAGGAGCUGAGGGCGCUCUACCGUCAGCUGGACUCGCUGCCCACCACCCCUGCCUCCCUCUCACCCCUCACACCCUCCAACAGCUGCAAGCAGACUGACUACAGGAAGAGCAUGAUGUGACCGUCAGAGAACUCAACACAGACUGGACUAUGAAUCCCUGAGCAAAAAAAUAACUCAACAUGCAAAGCCACAAUAUUGUUAAAUAUGUCUGUUUCUCUCCUUCUGUGUUCUUUCACUUUAUUGAUGCUGUGACAAAGUGAGGACAUUCAGUUGCCCAACGACGUCCCCUGUGCUUGACCACUGUGCCCUUACAUGUCUGCUUGAUGAAGGGUGUGGGGGGCAAAGGGAAGGGGCCAAUCUAGGGACUCAGGUACAUGUUGGCCAGGGAGUCUCUCUGUAUUGACCUGCUGAUGAAAGACCUUGUGAUGCUGCAGUGUCGGUGUUGUUUUCCUCUGCGUUGGUUGUCAAAGAGGGGAUGUUGCAAGGUUUGGGCGGGGAAUCAGAAGGGCUCUGCUCUCCAGGGACAGACACACAGUGGGUGAGGAUGACUCAGAUUACAGGAAGGGAAACAUGGUGUCCAGACCAACCUGUAUGUUGGGAAUGUCAAUGUUUUCCUUUUUCUGUUACACAACACACUGGAAGGUUGGUCUGAGCCAGAUUCCCAACGACCACCACUCUAAAAACCAACAGCAGCCCACCGUACAGUACAGCAUUCUCCCUCCCUCCCUCCCUCUGCUGCUCUGGGAAUGGAGCUCAGUGGACUCCUCAUCUCUGCUGGUCCAUUAUGAUUCACAGGGACAAGGGGAACCAGUUCACAUAGUCAGAACUCACUGGCGUUCCAUAGGGUGUUUCUGUCUGUUCCAUGAGCCAUAUGAUACAGUCAAAAUGGAGGACGUCUGUCUGGGUUGUGUUGUUACUAGAUGGUACAUACUAGGACAGGGCUGUUCCUUUCCUGUAGGCCUACAGCCAGUUGUCUUCAGCCAGUUGCCACUGCAGCCAUUGAUUCUCAUGCUGCUGUAGAGCCAUGGAACCGGGAUGUCGUCUGUGUGUGUCUGGUGUGAGUGGUGAUGAUCAUGCUACUGUAGAGCCAUGGAGCCGGGAUGGCGUCUGUGUGUGUCUGGUGGGAGUGGUGAGGAUCAUGCUACUGUAGAGCCAUGGAGCCGGGAUGGCGUCUGUGUGUCUGGUGGGAGUGGUGAUGAUCAUGCUACUGUAGAGCCAUGGAGCCGGGAUGGCGUCUGUGUGUGUCUGGUGUGAGUGAUGAUUAUCAUGCUACUGUAGAGCCAUGGAGCCGGGAUGGCGUCUGUGUGUGUCUGGUGUGAGUGGUGAUUAUCAUGCUACUGUAGAGCCAUGGAGCCGGGAUGGCGUCUGUGUGUGUCUGGUGUGAGUGGUGAUUAUCAUGCUACUGUAGAGCCAUGGAGCAGGGAUGGCGUCUGUGUGUGUCUGGUGUGAGUGGUGAUUAUCAUGCUACUGUAGAGCCAUGGAGCCGGGAUGGCGUCUGUGUGUGUCUGGUGUGAGUGGUGAUUAUCAUGCUACUGUAGAGCCAUGGAGCCGGGAUGGCGUCUGUGUGUGUCUGGUGUGAGUGAUGAUUAUCAUGCUACUGUAGAGUCAUGGAGCCGGGAUGGCGUCUGUGUGUGUCUGGUAUGAGUGGGAGGCAUGACAUAGAGGUCAGAUGCAGUACUAAGGAGAGGAACCACUUGUAAGUGAUUUGCUAAAAUAGUAAUAAUAACAGAAUUGCACUAUGAAGGAAGGCUGUAAAACAAGAGGAUGAAACUGGUGGGUGGAAACUGGAGAGAACAGAUGUGUCUAAUAUGGCUUUUCAUUCUGUUCUACAUAUUUGUUACGACAAUCUAGUGUUUGUAGAACAAUACAGGCUGCAUAGUUCCAACGCCUUGAUACCUAAGACAGUCGCUCAACUCGCUACUCUUUGAAAAUCUGAGCUUCUCAAAGGUACAAUGUGUGUAAACAAUGCUGUUGAUGAACGCAUCCCUCCGGCUAGCUAACAGUGAUGCUAAUGCUUGACCUCUGACCUCCCUGUCCUACUUAAGGACUUAUAGGGUUUAUGGCAGAGAAGAGAGCUAUGCAACGUAGCACGAACACACACAACCACAACGAGAGAGAGGGAGAGAGAGAGAGAGAGAGCAGCGGCCAAUGGACUGCAUCACCUGAUCAAAACAUCCAGUGCGUCUCUCCAGAGCACCCCGUCUUGUUUUAUAGUCAGUAGCUACAUAUGUUAUGUGUUUGCACAGUGCUGUGGAAAUGGUUCUCUCUGGACUGUCAGACAGACAAAAAAAACAGUGUUAUGAUUAUGUUGUUAUCAUUGUUUGUGUUUUUUAUUUGUUUAAAAUGCUUUUGUAGGAUGAUUUAAGGCACGCUUUAGAGAAGAAAUGGCCGGGGCAUUCUAGAACGUUCAGGCUCUUAGAAUGCUCAACUGGAAACUCUGCAUAUUGUAGUGUUACUCUGUUUGUUCAACCAACAACCACAACCCAAUAACAGAAGUCAAAAAUCAUUAACGUCGAAGUUGGAUAUGGACAUAAAAGAGGGUGAGGUGAGAAAGGUAUGUUAGAAAGAACACAACAAGAAACAUUUAACUGAGUAGGCCAUAAACAAGAUUUUUACUAGUACGUCUAUUAUUGUUGUUGUUAUUUUGUUUUAUCUGGGAUGAAGUACUAUCUUGUGUGAGGCUGAACACAAAACCUAACGUUUGUGCAAUCCUGAAAAGAUUGAUAUGACCGCCGAUGCACUGUACAUACUCGGAGCAGUUUGAUAUGACCGCCGAUGCACUGUACAUACUCGGAGCAGUUUGAUAUGACCGCCGAUGCACUGUACAUACUCGGAGCAGUUUGAUAUGACCGCCGAUGCACUGUACAUACUCGGAGCAGUUUGAUAUGACCGCCGAUGCACUGUACAUACUCGGAGCAGUUUGAUAUGACCGCCGAUGCACUGUACAUACUCGGAGCAGUUUGAUAUGACCGCCGAUGCACUGUACAUACUCGGAGCAGUUUGAUAUGACCGCCGAUGCACUGUACAUACUCGGAGCAGUUUGAUAUGACCGCCGAUGCACUGUACAUACUCGGAGCAGUUUGAUAUGACCGCCGAUGCACUGUACAUACUCGGAGCAGUUUGAAUCAUCUCAAAGGAUGUUGCUGUAUUUUCUUAUUGCGUUGCAUUAUGAUGGAGACGGAAGUGGCUUUGCUUUGCACUGAAGUUCAUCACUUCUGGACUGUCAAAGUACUUGAGACAUAACCACGUGUGCAAUUAUAACAAUCAGCCUAAUUCAGACAACCAGUGUUCUACAUUGAAUGUUUGCUUUUUUAAGUCAAAACCUAGCCGAGAAUUGUAAUAAAAUGAUUUUUGUAUGUCCAUUCAGAAGAAUACCCUACUGGAAUAUAGGGCUGGUUUUCAUAGGAAAUGCUGAGGUAGGAAGUGAUUGAUCCAAGCAUUGUUUUUGUGGCAGCAAUAAUACCAUCUUCAAGUUAUGCCAAAGAUAAUAUGGCUGUACAAGGAAAUAAAAUUAUUCCCAUUGAAAUACUUUGAUAAUGUAAAUAAGGAUGUUUCAUAUUUUUAGUUGACAAUGUGAAUGUCAGCCUACUUGUUCUGACAACCAUACCACAUGUUGUGUGAAAUGGUUGGUCACACCAACUCCAACCUUAAUAAUCCAUCAAACACCAAGUCAAUUUACCCUCUUCUACAGCUGGCAAUGCAUUCUGGGAUAUAAUAAUAAUAUAAUAUAUGCCAUUUGGCAGACAGUUUUUAUGUAUGGGUGGCCCCUGGAACCGAACCCUCAGGUAUGGCAGUACAAGCACCAUGCUCUACCACCUGAGCCAUACAGGACCAGGAUACAGGAUCUGUGGCCACAAGUUGUGAAAUCCAGCCAAUAUUGGCCACACAUGGUCACACACAAACGCAUAACAUUCAAUCAAGACUGUUUUCUUAUUUCUGUAAGGUGAAAUGUCUUCCUUCGUUUUAUGUAUGACAUGUUAUGUUGUCAUAUUUUCAGUUUCCUUUACAAUUUUGUUCACCAAAUGUGGGUCUGGCACCAAAACAGUAGCUACCGCAGCCUUAAAUACCAAGAGGAAUGUAGGAAAGUUACUCAGCAACUACAAUGAUUGUCCCCCAGAUAUUUACAAAAUCCUAAUUCUUGUGCAUUAUGGAUGAGAUGAAGAUUGUACCAUAGGAAUACAAUAGCAGAGAACGAGCUAGGUGGAUUACUAGAUGGGAAUGGAGAAGGCAUUGUACACAGACUCAGAGGUUUAAAUCCUGCUCCCUCAGGGUUCCAUUUUAAUAAAUUGUGCUAAACAAAA